GGCCGGCCUGCGCGCCAGGCCCGCUGACUCAGAGGCAGCCGCAGAACCUGCUUCACCGAGCACAGCGGCGCCCGGUCCCGGACUGUCCCCGGAGCGGGCCAUGCCCCCGCGAGAGUUGAGCGAGGCCGAGUCGUCUCCGCUCCGGGCCCCGACUCCUCCCCCGCGACGGGGCAGCGCGUCCCCGGAGCUGGGAAUCAAGUGCGUGCUGGUGGGCGACGGCGCCGUGGGCAAGAGCAGCCUCAUCGUCAGCUAUACCUGCAAUGGGUACCCCGCGCGCUACCGGCCCACAGCACUGGACACCUUCUCUGUACAAGUCUUGGUGGAUGGAGCCCCAGUGCGCAUUGAGCUCUGGGACACGGCAGGACAGGAAGACUUUGACUGCCUUCGCUCCCUCUGCUACCCGGAUACUGAUGUCUUCCUGGCCUGCUUCAGCGUGGUGCAGCCCAGCUCCUUCCAAAACAUCACAGAGAAAUGGCUGCCAGAGAUCCGCACUCACAACCCCCAGGCGCCUGUGCUGCUAGUGGGCACCCAGGCCGACUUGAGGGAUGAUGUCAAUGUACUGAUUCAGCUGGACCAGGGAGGUCGGGAGGGCCCCGUGCCCCAACCCCAGGCUCAGGGUCUGGCAGAGAAGAUCCGGGCCUGCUGCUACCUCGAGUGCUCUGCCCUGACCCAGAAGAACUUGAAGGAGGUGUUUGACUCGGCCAUUCUCAGUGCCAUUGAGCACAAAGCCCGGCUGGAGAAGAAACUGAAUGCCAAAGGUGUGCGCACCCUUUCCCGCUGCCGCUGGAAGAAGUUCUUCUGCUUUGUUUGAAUGGCAAUGCCAGUGCAGGGAGUAGCAGGCAUAAAGCCACAGACUACUGGAACCUGGGGUAUGGCGGGGCCUUAGAAGGGGCUACUGGCAGGGACAGGCCAUCCUGUGGGACCGUUCCCUUCUGAACACUGUGAGGACGUGGGUCUCUGACUGCCCAGUCUUACAUGCCAGGUGAGCCUAGGGCCUAGAAGAGGGAAAGUUCUGACUUGGAUUUCUGUGUUCAAGGCUCACAGAGAAAUUCUAGCACUUUGAUUUUAUGGGAUAGUCUUAACAGUGUCAACCACCUCCAAGCAGUUUGGGAUACAAUUCCCAGUUUAUUAUAAUAGGCCCUUAGGUCAGCCUGGCUGAAUUAGGACCCCUUGUGGUGGUCCCAGCCCCCCCUCGGCACAGGGCUAAGGAAGAGAUCCAGGAACAACGGAGCAUCUUGGAGGGCUGGAAGGUGUCCAGCUCUGAUUUGGAGAGAAGUUUGGGAUGGACUGGGUAAGACAGGACAGUGAGAGAUUAAGAGGGAGCAGAAAGUGAGGCCUUAGAGUUUUGGGACUAGAGGCAGGCUAAGAAGGAGGAGGCAGAUCAGAGAGCUAGGCCUGGAAGGAGGAAGAGCAAGGACGAGGAAAGCAGAGGAGUGGGGCAGCUGAGAAGCCAGGCUGACACCUGAGCUGCCCUCAACCCCCAAGGCCAGGGAGGGCGGGGCUGGUGCCUGGGAAGAACUGGGUCUCAGGGCUCCCUAGGCACUGCCCAAACUGGCUGGGCCAGGAGUGGGGCAGGAAGUGAGAGGCAAAGCCCAGCGGGAGGAGGGGCAGGAGCUGCAAACUAGAACCUGAAGGAAGAAGGGGCUGAGGGGUGGGGGGCGUCACUACUUUUUCCAAGGCCACAGCCUAGUAGGCAGGGCAGUGCAGAGUCUGCAAAUAAAGCCUUAAGUUUCUGAAACUGCUGUCUCUGCGUCAUUUCCUGGAGUGGCCAUCCCAUCACUCUCAUGUCCCUCCUUAAUGCCCAACAGCAUGGAUAGGCAGGCUAGGGACUGAGGCUAGGUUGAAAGGUGGUGGCUGGACUAGACGGGACAGUGAUGGGAACUGGACUGGGGAGGCAGGUUUGGGGCUCCCCACUUGGGGCUUAGCUGGUUCUCAGGAGAGCUAGCGUGGGAAGCAGCCUGGAAACGGGUUUCCCCAGGUGUCACCGCCAGAGCUCCUUUCCCAUGACCUCACCUGGUGAAUGGUGCCCCUCCCCCCCGACUUUCUAGAGCACUACUCUCAGCACUGGGGCUCUGGGGCAAUCCUGAGCCUUUUACCCCUCCUCUGCUCCUUCCAGCUGACCACAGGGUCCAAGGUUUCAGGUUGGGGGGCCCCCCUGGCUCGGAGCCUGAGCACAAAGGGGCCCCAUACAGCCUCAACCUCAGCCACUAGCCAAACUUCUUGAACUUGGGUUAAUUGGACCCAGCUUUCAGUCUUGGCACUCAAAACUCACAUAUGACUAGGGAAGGUCAGGGUGCUGUUUGCCAACAAUUUAAAUAGAUGUUUGGUCCUAGAAAUCCUGUGGGAGUGAGAGUUCAUUGGGUGAGAGCUUGGAGAGGAGCAGGGAUCUAAAGAACACUCCUUGAAAUUGGAUCUGGAAGGAACUUUGAAGGGCAACUUUAGGGGGAGCCACUUUAUUUUACCCAUAAGGAAAGUGAGGCCCAAAGAAAAAAGUUGAAAAUAUCACCAAGUAGCAGUAGGAGCACUUUGCAAGCUCCAGAGUUGAGUACUCGGGUGUUAUUCCUAUGGAGAGGUAUUUCUAAUGCACACCUGGGACACCUGCCAGGCAAGUGAGCACUCAGCCUGUCCCAGCCCAGCUCCCUGCACAGGAAGUUAAGCUCUGCUUGUGUGUGGGAAAGAACAUGGCUAAGGGACACAAAUCCUAACGAAGUGAAACCUCAAGUUGGGUUUUAGCUAAGACUGGCUCUUGCCCCAUGAGAGCCCAUCCCCAGAUCUCCAGCCUCAUCUUCCUUAGUCCCCUCGCCCCCUCAGGUAGAGGUACUGAGCUGCACCAUUGCAGCCAGGUCCUGAGGCUCUCACAUCCCAAUUGUACCCACUCCGUCCCCACUCCAGUCCCUCCAGUGCUGCCUUCCCUCGGGCAUCUCCCCAACGCAGACUCUUUCUAGCUCUCACUGGGUCAGUGAACUUUCAGCUCAUUUCAGCACUCUGGGCCUUCAGAAAUUGAACACCGACCUGAACCAGGCCAGCUUGUCCUAGUGAUCCCCACUCUCUGAUCCCCAAUUAUUUCUUGACUUCUGACUCCAUCCAUCUCCUCGCUUUUGCCAAAUCCUCUAGUUUGGAAAGUACUCCCUCCCCCUACUCCCCAGAGGCUAUUUCUUCUCUAUUUCCAAUACUUCACUUCUCCAGGAAGCAUCUCUUACCUGUAUUAGUGUGCACACUGCUCUCUGAGCCCUUGAGAGCAAUCUGAAUUUGGUCACUCACUCAGGCUGCAUCUCCCCAGCUGAAUAGAAAAUUCCAUUCAGCACAUUCAGCAUACUGUUCCCACAGGGCCGGGCUCAGGCAGUGUUUGCUGCUGGUUCUUAAGCACAUAAGAUAAAAGCCUACCAGUGAGCCAUGGAGGGGACCCUGAGGAUCAAGUUCAGCUCCACGUUUUGUGUUUCUGAAGCCUAGAGAGAGGCCUAAGAGCAAUAGUUUGCUGGAAAUAUCCUCAGCGGCGAUGGGCCCAAGCCUGCGCAGGACAAGGGGGAUUUACCUCUGCUUCCAAACCUACUGGUUCACUCUGCUUCUGUCUCUCUCUGUAAUAUGGUCUCUCUCUACUUUUCUGUUUUUAUCUCUUUAUCUCUCUUUCCUGUGCCUCUUUGUUCCUGCUUUCUCCACUCUUGAAUCUAAAUUUAAAGGAAUAUUGAUUAUAUUAACUGGAUAAAAUGGUAUGUUUCUUAUAUAUUCUUACAUAUGUCUUUAUUGUUAUGAAUUGUUUUUGUAAUGUCUGUGUAACCAACCCUUAGUUGAUUUUUUAAAGUUUGUUUUUUCCAUAAUAAAUACUCAUACAAAAAAUAGAAAAUCCAAAGAACUAGAAAAUAAAAAAUUUACCAGAUAUUUUUUAUCAUGAUUUUUAUACAAUUUUGUUUUGUUUUUCAUUUAAAAUUCUAAGUGCUUUUUCAUGUUAUAAACUAUGACUGGAGGCUGUAACCAGAUGUGUAUGUUUACUUACUGUUUCACCCUGACCAUAACUUCUUCAAGUAGAUCCCCAUUUGGGGGCCUGCUGUUUGUUUUGUUUUAACUUUUUUCCCCUAUUAUAAAUAAGACUACACUGAUGAAUAUAUAAAGAAGGUUUGUACAUAUAUACAAUGGAAUACUAUUUAGCCAUAAGAAAGAAACAAAUCCUACCAUGUGCAAUAACAUGGA